UAUUUUCAAUGUUUCAAUACAUUAAUGCAACUCUCACACAAAGACGGCCAUUAGAAUCCACCAUCUUCCUUGCUUUGUGUUUCAAGGCCGGUCUUUGUUUCUAUAUAUUCAUCAGUUUUGGUUUCAGCUAGCUUUAGCUAACACAUAGCUAAAGCCAUAGCCGCCUCUAUAGUCUGUCUCUCUCUCUCUCUCUCUCUGUUCAGAGCUUUUGUGGAUGUUGGGUUUCUGAGACUUGCAGGAUUUUGAUUUUUCUAAAUCCAGUAAGAUGUUCAGUUAAAGAUUCAAGCUUUUUGGUUCUUUGAGGUGUUUGGGCAUCUGGGUUUGGAUUGGUUUUUGUUGUUUUGAUUGGUAGGAGCUUGUCUUUAAUCAUUUGGAUCUUGAAGAUUUAAUUUUGUGUAUCAUGAGUUUGAGGUUCUGAAUUCUUGGUAUUGAGUGAAUGGUUGUGGAUUAGACUUGGUUUGUAUGCAGCAGUUUGGAAAGGCUCAUUCUGAUAAAGAAGAAAGUUAGCAGUGACUUUGAUCUUGAUUCUGUUGUUUGUACUUUGUAGAGUUUGGUUGGAUUUUGAAGUGAUGGUGGUCUGAUCAUGCGUAUAUAAAGGGUAUGGAGUAGUUGAACUUGUAUUAGUCAUCUGCGGGAUAUUUAUAUUUGGAAGUACAUAUGGCUCCUGGAGAAUGUGAAAAGGUCUGUGGUGAUAAGAAGAAUAGAAGGUUAUAGAGAUGCUUUCUUAUCGUUUCAUUGAGAAAAUGGAAAUUGCACAUUAUAUUUUGUUGAGAAUGGCAUUAAGUAUGUUGAGUUUGUUGCUGUUGAUACAAUUGCCGGCAAUCCCUGCCUCUGCUUUCGUCCUACAGCCGGAGGUUUGUAAGGACCAGUUUGCUUAUACGAAUUCUAAUGGUCAGGACUUGUUUUACAUAAAUGGGGAUUCAGUACAGAAAUUUUUAUACUGUGAUUCUCUUCAAAAAUACUAUGCAAAUGGUUGCAUGUUGGAGGGCGACAUUGGAAGAAGAUAUUGUGGACUGGUCCUUUCACUAGUUGAUUUUUCCUUCAAAACAGCAAGAAAACUUAUGCAUAACGAGCCCAAGGAUGGAUCCCCUAUCCAUCAUGGAAAAGACUUAUAUAUGUUCACGACCAAAACAGUUGGAAUCGCAGCAAGUGGAGCGUUGUUGGUGUGUUGUGUUUUCCUUUGUCCCUGCUUCUAUAAGAAAAGGAGAGAAACUGCUCACAAUGCUCUUGCUAAGGACACAAAUUCAAUGGAUAAUUCACCUUCUUUUGAAGUGAAACCCCAUGCCGCUGAAAAGAUAUCAGCCAGUCCACACCGUGUACCACCUAGUCCUAGAUAUACAGCCAGUCCACAUCGUGUACCACCUAGUCCUAGAUAUACAAACUCUCCAAAACUAAGUAGACUUGGUUCUGUUUAUCUCAAUUUGAGUCAGAUUGCCAGGGCAACCCGCAACUUCUCAAAAUCACAACUUAUAGGUGAAGGUGGUUUUGGAACUGUCUACAAAGCUCGGCUGGCUGAUGGCCAAGUUGUUUCUAUAAAACGUGCAAAGAAGGAACUCUUUGAGAAUUUGCAAACCGAAUUCAGUAGCGAAGUUGAUCUUCUGGCCAAAAUUGAUCAUCGGAAUCUUGUAAAGCUACUAGGUUAUGUGGAUGAAGGAAAUGAACGACUUAUCAUCACAGAGUAUGUGCCGAAUGGUAAUCUUAGAGAACAUCUGGAUGGUCAGCUUGGGAAAGCCUUGGAGUUCAAUCAGCGACUUGAAAUUGCCAUUGAUGUUGCUCAUGCCCUAACUUAUCUUCAUCUAUACGCAGAAAAGCCAAUCAUCCAUCGAGACGUGAAGUCAUCCAACAUUCUUCUGACAGAAAGUAUGAGAGCCAAAGUUGCUGAUUUCGGAUUUGCCAGGCUUGGCCCAAUGGAUACCGAUCGAACACACAUUUCGACAAAAGUGAAAGGAACUGUUGGCUACCUAGACCCGGAGUACAUGAAAACAUAUCAACUCACAGUCAAAAGUGAUGUCUACUCAUUUGGGAUAUUACUUAUAGAAAUUGUGACAGGUCGCCGUCCAGUGGAGCUGAAGAGACCGGUUGAAGAGCGAGUCACUCUCAGAUGGGCAUUCAAAAAGUUGAAUGAAGGACUAACGAUGGAAUUGAUUGAUCCUGUGAUAGAGGAGACUGUAGAUGCAGACGUAUUGAUGAAAAUAUUUGAUUUGGCUAUCCAGUGUGCAGCCCCAGUUCGAGCUGAUCGGCCAGACAUGAAAACCGUGGGAGAGCAGCUGUGGACAAUACGAGCGGACUACCUUAAAAGUCUCAAAAGAGAGUAGUGGCAUUGCAAGAGGCAUCCCCAUCCCUCCCUCUGAUUCAAUCAGAGCUGUAUUGAACUGCCCUGUAAAAAGUAUAUUUGGCUCGAGGACACGGUUUGGUUUUCAUAUAUGCCUUUUCCUCAGCGUCAUUCUUAACUCCAAAACAUUAGAUACUUGUACGUUGAGAACAUUGGUAUCCGAUAAAGUUGUGAUUGAAAGAUGGAAAGACUAAUUCGCUCAUU